UGGUGUCUCUCUAUUACACAUAUUAUCAUUCUAGAACUAACAAAUAAUUAAGAUGGUUGUUUCGUCAUCUGUUCUUCCUAUUAACCCAUCUGACCAUUUUCAAGAGCUAAACAAAACUAUAACAUGCAAACAAAUCCAUGAAAAUUACAUGGACAGUUCCAUUAUUGAUCUUAUCCUCCUUUCGGAUUCAUCAUCAACCCAACACGAAGCCGAAUUGCGAAAACUUCAAUCCGUUCUUACUUCAUGGAGUAGUUUUCAGCUAAUAAAUCAUGGGUUAUCGAGCUCAUUACUUAACCAAAUUCGUCAAGUUGGGAAGGAAUUCUUUGCUCUGCCUUUAGAGGUGAAGCAAAAGCAAAGCAGUACACUCGAUUCAUAUGAAGGGUAUGGAGGUGAUAGAGUCAAGAAUGAUAGACUCCGUCUCAAAGUUAGCCCUCUUGAUCAAAGAAAUCUCAAGAUUUGGCCUGAAUCUCUACCAAAUUUCAGGGAAACAUUGGAGGACUACAACACGGAGAUAAGUAGAGUACUCGAAAUGAUCCUGAACGCCAUUGCAAAAUCACUAAAUAUAGAAGAAAACAGGUUCUUUAAAACAUGUGGAGGAGAGGAAGGUAUAAAUAUUUAUGCAAGAUUCAACUAUUAUCCUCCAUGUUCAUCGUCAUCGGGUCAAUUUUUAAGUCUCGAACCGCAUUCGGAUGGUACUAUACUUACCAUUCUUCUGCAAGACAAACAAGUUGAAGGCCUUCAAGUUGAGAAAGAUAACCAAUGGUUUAAAGUUCCAAUUGUUCCCGAUGCCCUUUUCAUCAAUAUUGGUGACCAGUUAGAGAUAAUGAGUAAUGGUAUACUGAAGAGCGUGGUACACAAGGUUGUGAUAAGUGACAAGGAGAACGAAAGGACAUCGAUAGCAAUAGGAUGUGUUCCACACCCAGAUAAGGAAAUUGGGCCAUUUGAUGAGUUUAUUGAUAGAGAAAGACCUCAACUCUAUAACAAGGUUACGAAUUAUUUUGGUGUAUUAUUCCAUAAUAAGUAUCGAAGAGGAGAAAGGGGCAUCACUUCAGUGAAACUAAAUUUAGAACGUUAUACUUGAGUGAUUCAUGUUGCAAUUCGUCGUGUGGGUCUUUCAGAAACGACAUUAUUUCUGUCGUUUUAUGAAUAAGAGAUAAGUUUGCGUACAUUUAAAUCUCGCUCGAUCAGCAAAAUUAAUAGCUAGAAAACGAUGGUUGUUGUUGUUGUAUUCCUAGUUGUAUACUUGUAUGUAAGUAACGUAGUUCAAUUUAGAAGCUCUUUGUAUUACAGCUUUGUAAAUCGAGUGUAGGACAAUCCUUUGUAAGCAAAAAAAGGCCUGCGUUCAUUAUUA